AAGCCACGGCCGUCGCUGCAGAUGAUGAGGAACGGGACAAAGAGCUCGUCGUCGCAGCCGUCGCGGGAGCUGCCCUCAGAGAACACGCUGGCCUCCAGGGACUCCACUACACUGUCGACGGUGGACGAGGCGAGGAUCCUGAAGGCGCUGCAGGAGGGAGGGCGUCCGGACUCCUCCUUCAAGACCAAACUCAAGAAGGAACUUGUCAACCGUGAUGGGCGCAAGGAUUUGCUGAGCCAGACGACCUGCCUGACGCUGACCUUCAGGGAGGCGGCCACAGAGCAGGCCUACCGUCACCACCGUGAGACCUUCAGUGGGGCCGCCACCACCGCCGUGCCCCUCGUCCUCAUCCUCGUAACUGUGGCCAGGUUCCUCCUGAUGCCCAGUGCUGGAGGCGGUGUGGUGGUGGUCCUGGCGGGCGUGGGUCUCCUCCUUGGCAUGGCCUCCGUGUCUGCUGCCCGCUCCUUCCCUAUACGUGUGUGUGACGGCCUGGUGACGGCGAGUGACCGGGUACACACAGUGGUCGGUCUACGUAUCGCGUGGUUCAUCACCCUGGUAAUCAUCGCUGCAGCCGCCAACACCGCCGAUAUGUACUUGUGCGACAAGCCAUUCUCCAUCUUCCUGGCCGACAACACCUCCCUGCCCUCGGCGGCCUCCCCAACUAUCGUCAACGACUCCUUCCUCAGUGACAACUUCGGCAGUAGCAGCCAUGGAGCGUCGUAUGAGGCACUGAAGACGAUCCUCACACGGGAGAACAACACCACAGUCAGAGAGGAGGAAGACGCUGCCUCCAUCUGUCCUCACCCCGCCUACUACUCCUAUUUCACCCUCUUGAUCCUGGUGGCGGCCUCCCUGCUGGCUCAGGUGAGCUUCAUGAUCAAGAGUGCUGUGAUGAUCGGAAUAGUUGGUGUGCAGUGUACCAUGAACCUCUUCAUCAUGAGGGCCACACUCGAUGCUGCACAACACCCCAACACACUCCAUCACCCCAUAUUGGUUCGGGACCGCGUCAGUCUAUCAGUCGAGCUGUGUCUCAUCACUUUCCUCCUCAUCAUUCUCAACAGACAGACAGAGAAGACGUCUCGACUGUUGUACCUGUGGCGGCGGGAGGUGGAGGAGCAGCGGGAACGGGCGGCGGAUAUACGCCAGAGGAACGAGGCGCUAGUCUACAACAUCCUGCCCCAACAUGUUGCCACACAUUUCAUGGGCAUCAGAAGGAAGAAACAUGAGGAACUCUACUCCCAGAGCUACGAUGAGAUCGGCGUCCUCUUUGCUUCCAUGCCAAACUUUGGAGAUUUCUAUUCCGAGGAGUCCGUCAACAACCAGGGCUUGGAGUGCUUGCGCUUCUUGAAUGAAGUCAUCUCUGACUUUGACCAGUUAUUGGAAUUAACGCAGUUCCACGAUAUCAUCAAGAUCAAGACUAUUGGAUCUACUUACAUGGCUGCCAGUGGACUCAACCCCUCGAGACAAGUGAAGGAAGAUGAUCCAGUGAAGGUGCGCUGGGCACACCUGGCUCUUCUGGUGGACUUCGCAUUUGAACUUGUGAGAGCACUACAGUCUAUCAACGAGCAGUCUUUCAACCACUUUGUCCUUAGAAUGGGAAUAAACCAUGGGCCCAUCACUGCAGGAGUGAUCGGAGCACGUAAACCACACUAUGACAUCUGGGGCAACACUGUAAACGUAGCCUCCAGGAUGGAAUCCACGGGCAAGGCAGGCUGCAUACAGGUGACAGAGGAGACGACAAAAAUACUCCAGCACUUUGGCUAUGUUUUUGAGCAGCGAGGCCUCAUAGCCGUGAAGGGUAAAGGGGAACUCAUGACGUAUUACCUAGUGGGAAAAGCUGCAAGUCCUCAGCAGGUGAAUGGGGAAUCUUUGGAUUACUCGAGAUCACAAGACCAGUCAAAUACUUGAGGCUGCCAAAGAGACCUAUUAAUUUAAUAUAGAGAAAGAAAAAUUAUUUUCUAGACUGGACAAUAUAGUUGAUGACAAUUUUACUUUAGAUGAAACCCUAAUCUGCUGGCAACUCCUGUCAAGCUACACAUUCAACAAAUAACACCUCUUGCCUACAUAAUACAAUAUAUAAUUGUCAAUAGAUCUCACACACAUGAUGCCUGGAGAUGGUCCCUUCCUGGAUAUAUCCCUUACCUAAUUUAUAAAUGUAAUUUUAACAUAGAAAUACUGAUGUCAUAUGAAGAUACAGCCCUCUACAGUAAUUGUAAUAUAGUACAGUCUACUCAUGGUGACAGUUCUUUCAGUGAUACAGCCUUUGUGUGGUUAUAAAAACCCUCUCAUGGCGUUACAGCCCUCACAUGGAAAUACAGCUUUCGUAUGGAGAAAGUCUUUGCUUGUACUGUAGUUUGAGAGUGAUACCACAUUUUAAGAAAAAGCCUUCAUAUUUAGAAAUAAUCUUUACAAGUAAAUGCAAUCCUCCAUUAUAGACACAAUCCUUACCAGUAGAUAUGAUCCAUACAUGUAGAUACAUUACUCAUCAGCCACACUUUAAACCUGUAGAUGAAUCCUUUAACUAGCAAUCAACCCUUGUAGAUUGCAGACUUGUAGGCAGCAACCCUGAUACCUAUAGCAAGAGUCCCUCAUUCACAAACAUGACCUGUACUUGUAGACACUCAUUUCACAUGUAAAUACUACCUUCAAAUGCAGACGUAACACUCUACCCAUGAUUAAAACUUCAUUCUUUCUCAUAAGGUUUAGAACUCUUACAUAAAUGUAUAUUUUUUCAAUUAUUGAUCAAACUCAAAUUUUUUUAAGUGAAAUUUUACUUAAAUAAAUUAGAAUUAGUUAUGACAAAAAAAAAAUAAAAAAAAAUGGUGCAUGAAAAUGAAUGAAAGUGUUAAGUGUACAACAUGACAACUUUCAAUAUAAUUUUGCUCAAGAAAGCACAUUCCUUGCUUCCCUACUGACUUUUUAAUCUUUAUUAAUAUAAAGGUUAAAUAUACCAUUACAAUUUAAAGUACAGUACUGUAUUCAAAUAAAAAUAAAUUUGUCUGUAAACUCUAUAGCAACAUUGGUCAUUAUUAUUUAAUGACUCAUGAAUAUUGCAAUGCCACUAUUUAUUCACAUUUUGUUUUUUAUAGAAAUACCGUAAUGCAGCAGUUAUGUAGUUUAUUGCUACCAAGUAGUAUACAUCAUUCACAUUUAUCAAAUAAAUCACAAGCUGCCAUGAAUUGUUACAGAAAGAUAAAGUAUUCAUCAAGACAAUAAUAAAUAUAUAGAAAACAGUUAUGAAAAAUGUUGCCGCAAUACCAAUUUGCCUCAGUAAAUUGGUUAUGUAUGCUUGCUUCUCUUGCAACACUUUACACUUGUGUUGCACUUGACUAACAAGAGCGAAAUUAUAGCCCAAGAAUAAAAGGAUCACAAUUCAAAUUUCCUCUUACAGAAAAAACAUUUAAACAAUUCUAGCAUAUCUAAGGGAGUCAAAUUGUUCAAAGUAUAGUGUGGGUGUAGACAGCAUUUCUGUGGUUGACAGUGUGGCUUCCUUCUCUUUCACGACAUUACUGCUUCAGUCUCAAAGCAUUUGCAUAGCCCAAACCAAUUAUUUAUUUUCAACAAAGUGCACCAAAAAAUAACUACAUAACCUAAAUCAAUAAUAUGAUUUUAAUGAAGUGCACCAAAAUUAUUAAAUAACUGCUUAGUGGCACACAAAGAAUCCAAAAGUAUUCUUAUCAAUUGUGUACAUUUUUUGUUUUAAUGCAAAUUAUGUAAUGCUCCUUUACAACUAAAUAACUCCUAAAACUAUCAUGAUAAUGUCAUACUGUACUAACAUUUCCAUCUAUUAUAAUAUACAAGUGGUUUAAGAAUAUUCAGCAAAAUUCUACAAUGUUCAGGUUUACUAAAAUCCUAUUGAUAGCACAAAAUCAUUACAGUACAGUACUUUGAACAUUCAGUUGAAAUUAAUUUCUGGGAGGGCCUCCUCAGUACCUUCCCAAGCUAAGUGCUGGUGCAACCAUGUCUCAAGAAGAUGCACCAGAUCUCCGAGACCCACUCGAGCCUACCGAGAGCCAAGACUAGAAUCUGGCUCUCUCCAUGAAGUUAGUAGAGCUUCGGGAUCAGAGAUAAGCCCAAAACUGAUGAAACCCUGGUGGGUGGGUGCCUGACAGCUGGGUAUACAGCGCUUCAGAUUCAAAGUCCUGAGGUUUCGGGUUCGAUCCCUGGUGGAGGCGGAGACAAGUGGGCAAAAUGUUUUUUUUCACCCUGAUGCCCC